GUUUAUGUUUAGGUUAACAGGUGUGACGUUUGUUUACAACAACAUUCCAAUAAAUUAAGUUCAUACUUUAAUAAAAAAUAUAAAAGAGUAAAAAAAUAAAAUUAAAUAUUUAAAGUCACUGAAAAAAAAUAAUUAUGACUGAAUCAUUGAAUGCAAAUGAAUUUAAAACUGACCCGACUAAUUUUAUAACAGAAAUACGCAGAAUGAUGUAUGGUUUUGGUGACUGCGCAGAACCUUUACUGGAGUCAGCGAAAAUAAUAAACAGCGUCGUUUAUCGUGAGAUGAAAAAUAUCAUAUACGAAGCAUGCAAAGUAGCUGAGAUGCGAGAUUCAUCAACGAUUGAAGACAAAGAUGUAUUAUUUCUUCUGCGUCGCGAUAAAAUUCAGCUGCAGCGACUGGUUAAAUACCUCGACCUCAAAGAAUUUAAAUCAUCUAUCAACAAAGUCCUGGAGGCUGAGUCAGUCGACGGAUGCCUGAGUACCGAGGACACUAAAAAAAAAAGUUCUCACCACAGGUUCAUUGAAUCCAUUGACAAUCUCGGUGAUUUGAUUGACUCGGAUGAGACCGUGGACCUGGUGAAACGCAACCGCGAAUUGCGAGCCGAGUUGGCCAGCAGGAAAUUAAACACACAACAGUAUUUCGAGUACAGCAAAGCAAGAUCUGCAUCAUUUGCCAAUAAAUUUUCUCCUAAAUUUAUGAAUUGGCUGGCUGGUGACGAUAAUAUAAAAAUAUCUAAGCCAGUUUAUACGAUACUGAGCUACCUGGCCUAUGAAACAGUCGCACAAAUAGUAGAUCUAGCUCUUUUGGUUCGGCAGGAUCAAAAUAAAAUUAUGGGAGAUGCUUUAGACAGAUUAAAACUCAAUUACUGUAACCCUGUUACUUAUAAACCAUAUCAACAUGGCAGAAGUCCAGCAAUAAAUCCAAUAACACCAGCAGAAAUAAACGAAGCUCUCCGACGAUUCUGGUCUCCACAACUAGACCAGGUGGGUCCAUUUCAACGUCGUUCAUUAAACCGGCAGGAUCGUAAGUUUCUGUCAUUCCAAACUGGAUAAAUAAAAGUAUCAUGUAAUUUAAAUAAAUUAUUAUUAAAAUA